AUGGCUUCUAUCAUGAACAAUCCUGCACUGAUGGAGGCUCUAGCGGGCAAAGUCCUCAGCGCAGACAGAAGCUUGAACAUCAUGCCAUUCUUCAUGAGCGGGUGGCUUGACUCGAUGCUGAUGGGCUUGGUGGUAGCCCAGGUGUUCACGUAUUGGCGCUUCGUCAAGACGGACAAGAAGCACAUUGUCGCUCUCGUGUUCGAGCAGGUCCUCACUACACUGGCCUCGACGGUCGCAAGUGGCAUUAUACUGUCAUGGAUGCAGUACCUCUUCGUUUGGAAUUUCGCGAAUUGGCUCCCUCUCAUCGAGAUCACAUGGAUCCUCCGAUACCUAGGCGUUGACUUUGCGAAUGUCUUGAUUGUUCACACCUUCUACAUUGACCGAGCAUGCAGACUCUACCGUCACUGGUGGCCCGCUGCUCUCCUUGGGCCCCUCACGGUCGGCGGGGCCACACUCGGAUUUGCAGCCGAGUACUACAUCAACACCAAGUUCAAGUACAUUGACACUGAAGGCUUCAACGACAUCAAAAUCAAGGGCACGAUUUACGGCUGGCUCUCUCUAGUGCUCGCUUCCGACCUCAUCAUUACUAUCAUCAUGACGCAUGGUCUCUACCGAGUCAAGACGGGGUGGGCACACACCGACUCCCGUCUGCGUCGGGUCAUGAUUCGAUGCUUCGAGGCGCAAGUACCCGCACUGAUCAGCGCUAUUGUCAACUUUGUAGCCUGGAACAGGCAGUUCCAAGUCGCACUCGUUUUGAUUGCGGUCAUGACCAAGGUCUACACGCUCGGCAUGCUCAUCACGCUGAACCUCCGAGCUAGCCAAGCACCAGUCGCUGCAGUGAAUGUGUCCUACCCUUCCAACCGUCAGAGCGCUCGUACGUCCGACCCUCGCUCAGAAGUGACGGAUCGGUCUCCGAUCAGGCAUGCUCAAGUAUCUAUCGACAAGCAGUCUUGGAGUGUUUCAAGCGGUCCCACAGCCCACAGCGAGAUCGAUAUCGAGAUGGCAAGGAGGGACGAUGGGUCCGAUGAGGUCGAUGAGAAGGCGUUUGAGUCUACGACAGGGCUAACGGCGCCGGGUAAGGCUUUCUGA